GUUUCGGAACGGGUCUGGGUCUAUCGUACAAGUUAUACUCCGACUACUAAUCAAUGAUAGCGAGACUGUUCGGCAGGACGCGGGCAGAAUUGAGCAAGAUGUUACAGUUCCCAGCAACUGAAAGAAACAAGGGGCCUAUCCUAGAAACUCUGCAGAAGGCCCUGCCCCCGGACACGGAAGGCCUCGCCCUGGAGGUGGCAUCAGGGAGUGGUGCCCACAUCACACACUUUGCUCAACAUUUUCCUCGUCUGACAUGGCUACCAAGUGAACUUGAGGACAGGAACUUACAAAGUAUUUCAGCCUUUAUACAACAUACCAAGGUUUCAAAUGUGAAUGAGCCAGUACUGUUGGAUGUGACUAAAGACGCCCAGGGUUGGGGAGGUGGUCUGGGGAAGGGCUCCCUCACGGUCAUACUCAACGUCAAUAUGAUCCACAUCUCUCCCUGGGAAACAGCUGUGGGUCUGUUUGCUGGAGCUAAUUACCUCCUUAAACCUGGCGGAUACCUAUUUCUCUAUGGACCAUUUGCUGUACAUGGCAGCUUGACCCCAGAGAGUAAUGUGAAAUUUGACCAGUAUUUAAAAUCACAGGAUUGUAGAUGGGGAGUGAGAGAUAUAGACGACGUAGAAAAACUAGCUCGAACAAACCGCCUACAGAUGCAUCAAAUGGUAGAUAUGCCAGCCAACAAUAAGAUGCUGAUAUUCCAAAAGGAAGACUAAAACUCUGAUAAUCACGAGUGUGGGAGACGUUUAAAAAUAAUGUUUGGUUUUAUAGUAAAAAUAUGACGUAAAAUUGUCUUUGUUGUUAUCAGGACGGCCGGUUACGAUGUGGAGAUGGAUUACCGGACAUUGACAUACACUGGUGUUUAGAUUAGUAAUAUUUACGUUUUUAUAUCCUUGACGUAGAAAUUAAGCCGCGUUUGAUGUGAAAUUGUACAAAUCAGAGUUUCAGCAAGUUUUUUUUGUUUUUGAAAUUUUUUAUUUUCUUCCAUACAUAUGCAUACAUGUAGCAACACAUAAUAUUGGUGUAUAUUUAAUUGUAACAAUUACACUUUUUCAUACGCUUAAUAAAAAUUCGCUCAUCAAUACAUGAAGUAUACCUCAGAUGCAGUUUCGUCCCAAUACAUUAAAUCGUGCAAUCGUAUAAAAUGAAAGUAUUAUUAUCAUAUUAUCUCAUUGUGUAAUGUGGCUGAUAGAACAUGCUCUUUUAUAUAUAUAUAUAUAUAUAUAUUUUUAUUGUGUUGCUAUAGCUAUUUGUGGUAUACUUCAGGUAAGGAUAUUGCCAUAUUAGUUCAGAAGAAAACUUUUUAUACAUGUAGAUAUACAAAAAAAAAAAAAAAAACAUACAUAAAGACUUCUUACAUGCACAGACUCAUACUUUAACAGUAAUAGAGUUCUAAAAGUAACAAUAACAAGUUUUUCUUUUUUUGAUUUGUUACGUUACAAGUGCUUUCAAAUCAACCCAUCGUUUUUCAAAUUUUUGGACAGUCAUAUUUUUCCUAUGAAUGUACUGUUCAAUUUUGUAAUGUUUUUCCAGUUCCAUUUUGAAUAUAAAUACAGCAGGCAGAUGAUUUUUAUACUUUUGCUUGUAUAUGUGUAAUUUUGCUAAAACAAUAAUUAAGUUUAUGUUGUUUAUUUCGUUGUCCGUUUUCCCAAGGAUAACAUCUGAAUUAAUCAAACUCAGAGUUUUCCCGGUUUUGUUUUCUACCCAUGUGGUGAAUUCUUGCCAAAAUUUUGUAACAAGAGUACAUUCCCAAAACAAGUGGAUUAUUGAUUCUAUAUUUGCUUUACAAAAUGAGCAUACAGGCGAGUUAAUUACACCUAUCAUACGCAGGUAUUUGUUUGUGCUAAUGAUUCUGUGAGUAAUUCGGUAUUGGAACCAUUGAAGUGUUGAGUCCGAGGUUAACUUAAAUAUUAUAAAGUUAAUCUUUUCCCACCAAUAUUGAUUUUGAUGUAUAUCAAGUUCAAGUGACCAUUUGACUUUGUAUUUAUCAUUUGUAGUUAAAUCUUUAAUAAAAAUAUUAUAUAUCGAGA